GAUGCUAUUCAAAAUUUCAAGGUAUUUUAGUAAAUAAACUUCAUAAAAAACAAAACAAAUAUUUGAUAGAGAGAAACAUAUUAUCAAUAGAUAAUAUGCUUUAAGAACAAAAAUUGAAAAUAUAUUUCUAAAACAAUCAAGCAUUACUUUGGCUGACAAUUUAUCUUCUAUUCGAAAAUAGUAUGAUGGCAAUAUUGCCUACUUUGGACAAGGAGCUGCACAAUUUUUAUAAAAUUUACCUAACAGUCUAUAAUUUAAAUAAUACUAGAUUUAUCACCUAAAACCAUUUAUUUAUGUGAUUUAGAAUUGGAUUUUUUAGAAUAUAGUUUAUAAUAAAUCCAAAAUGAUGAACAAUUAAAAGGGAAAUUUAAAAUCUUAAAAGUCUCCGAAAUGACAUCUUAAGAUAAUAAAACAAUAUUGGUUCCUAUUUGUUGUGAUGAAGAUUUUUGGCCUUUUUUAGAUGGUCAUUUAUAACUAAUAGUAUCAAAUAUGAAUUUGCAUUGGGUUAAUGACUUGCAAGUAGUUCUAAUAAAAUGGCUAGAAAGCUUAGAACCAGAUGGUACAUUGGUUGGAUCGAUAUUUGGUUCUGAUACUCUCUAAGAAUUGAGGAUAUCAUACUCUUUAGCUGAAAACGAACGAUUCGGAGGAGUUUCAUAACAUGUAUCUCCCUUCAUUUCAAUUACAGAAAUGGGAAAUUUGCUAACAAGAUUAAAAUUCACUCUGCCUACAAUAUGCACAGAAAGAAAGUAAUUGUUUUAGAAACUUUUGUAGUCUUUACGAGUUUGAUUCAAUCUAUCAUUUAAUGCAAUAUAUUUAGGAUAUUGGAGAAGGUGAAGCAUUAAUUUAAAAAAGGAUAGGCACUUUUAAAUAAACAAUCCAAAGCGUUAGUGCUAUUUAUGAAUCCUUAUUUAAGAAUGAAAAUAUGAAGGUUAAUAGUACUUUUGAAUAGAUUUAUUUUUCUGCUUGGAAGUAUCACGAAUCAUAAGCUAAACCAAAAUCGAGAGGUAACUAAAAUUAUUACUUUUAGGUUCAGCAACUGUUUCGUUACAAUAAUUAUAGAAAGAAAUACAUCAAAUAGCACCUGAAGAUAAAAUUAUAUUUGGAACUUUAACAGAGGAUGAUUAUUAAGAAAAUAUCAUUAAAGAUGAAAAAGGUACAAAAAAAAAAAAUUGA